GCUACGCGUGAUUGGAGCGGAUUUCGGCUAAGUGGAAUUAACGAAGCACUGGGUUUUUUUUUGCAAAAUUCCUACUCUUCUCCCUCAGUUCUCCUCCUCCUCCUCCUCAUUUCUUCCCCGUCAUUUCUUCUCCAUUUUCCUCGCCAUUUUUUUUCUCCAGGUCAUUUCUUCCCCCAAGGUCAUUUCCUCAUAUAUUUUCAAAAAAUCCCUCGACAGAUCGGGUUACCCUCUGCUCUCCCGUUGUUCGGUUCCCAGCAAGAUUUCCAUCUCAUCCCCUUCUUAUUUACUAGCGGAACUCUGUCUGUGUGUUUGUGUAUGAGUGAGGAUCAUGAACAGCACCUUUGGUUAUAGCUUACACCAGCGGGCUCUAUGCCCUCCACCAACUAUAGAGAAUCAAAGUAGAACACAUCCGGGGUUUUCAGGAAGUGUGUUGCCUAGAGUUCCCUCAGGAUCUAAGGCAGCGAAAAAGAAAUGCAAGCCCAUUCUUUCUAACAGAUUCAUCGGAGGCAACUUCAGCGCAACAAGAGCAAGAUCAUUGAAGGGAAAUCACAGGGCUAGUUAUAUGGUUACUCACGCUGUGUUGGCGACCGAUCCUUCAGCUGAGGUUACAGACAAGUUCAAUCUUGAUGCAAAUUCUGAACUACAGGUUUCUGUUCAAGCCCCUGCUCCGGGCUCUACAACGAAAAUCAGUUUUCAAAUAACCAACAGUCAUGAUGACUUAGUUCUUCACUGGGGUGGAAUUCGUGAGAAGAAUAAAGACUGGGCUCUUCCUUUCCGGCGUCCAGAUGGAACAAAAGUAUAUAAAAACAAGGCUCUUAGAACAUCCUUCAUAAAACCUGGUCCAGACUCCUUGCUGAACAUAGAAAUCGAUGAUCCAGAAAUACAAGCCAUUGAGUUUCUUAUAUUUGAUGAAGUACAAAAUAGGUGGUUCAAGAAUAAUGGCGAAAACUUCCAGGUUAAGUUGCCAGGAUCGCGCCAUCAAAUCUCUAAUCUGUCAGCUGUGGAGAACAAAAGAGUUUCGCUUCCUGAAGAUCUUGUGCAGAUUAAUGCAUAUCUUAGGUGGGAAAGGAAGGGCAAACAAUCGUAUACACCAGAUCAAGAAGCGGAAGAGUAUGAAGCGGCAAGGACCGAAUUGCUAGAGGAAAUCAGUAGGGGCACUUCUGUAGAAGAACUCAGAAUGAAAUUAACAAGAGCUUCUAGCAAUGCCAAGAAGGAUGAUACCGGGAACGCAGCAACUGUAACAAGUGAAGUUCCUGAUGAUCUUGUACAAGUACAGGCAUAUGUUCGUUGGGAGAGAGCUGGAAAACCAAACUAUUCUCCUGAGAAACAGAUGAUGGAGUUUGAGGAAGCAAGAAAAGAACUAGAGCAAGAGCUGGGUAAAGGAGUGUCACCCACUGAGUUACGAAAAAAAAUGAUGAAAGGAGACGUACGCACCAAAGUCUCAGCACAGUUGAAGACUAAAAAGUACUUCACCAUUGAAAGAAUUGAGCGGAAAAAAAGGGACAUUAUGCAGCUUCUAAAUAAAUAUACUUUUGAAAGCCCACAAGAGAACAUGCCAUCCAUGCCAAAAACCCCAACAGCAAUGGAAGCGUUCUCAAAGUUUUUAGAGGAGCAGGAUGGAGGCCUGGUACUGAACAAGAAACUUUUUAAGCUUGGUGAAAAGGAACUUCUGGUAAUUGUCACAAAUCAUCUUGGUAAGACGAAGGUUUGUCUGGCAACAGAUCUGAAAGGACCUCUUAUUCUUCACUGGGCAUUAUCUAGGACACCUGGAGAGUGGAUGGUACCCCCUUCAAGCACUUUACCUCCAAAUUCAAUUUUACUAGACCAGUCAUGUGAGACCCCUUUUAUAGAGGCUUCCUUGCAAGAUAUAGCCUACCAGGCUGUUGUAAUCGAAAUUGAUGGGGGGAACUAUGAUGGAAUACCGUUUGUCCUACGUUCUGAUGAAAACUGGAUUAAAAAUGGUGGAUCCGAUUUCUAUGUGGAAAUUCGCAAAGAAACUACAAAGAUAAGCAAGGAUGCUGGCGAUGGAAAAGGUACUGCAAAAGCCUUGCUGGACAAGAUAGCUUAUCUUGAGAGUGAGGCCCAGAAAUCUCUAAUGCACAGAUUUAACAUUGCAGCAGAUUUGAUGGAGCAAUUCGGAGCUUCUGGGAAAUUAGGUCUUUCUGGAAUCCUUGUAUGGAUGAGAUUCAUGGCCACAAGACAACUUGUAUGGAACAAGAACUACAAUGUGAAGCCACGUGAGAUUAGCAAAGCCCAGGACAGACUUACAAAUUUACUUCAAGAUAUGUACAAAAAUAACCCCCAAAAUCGGGAAAUCAUAAGGAUGAUUAUGUCCACUGUUGGCCGUGGAGGUGAAGGAGAUGUGGGACAGCGUAUCCGUGAUGAGAUCUUGGUGAUUCAGAGAAACAAUGAUUGCAAGGGUGGGAUGAUGGAGGAAUGGCACCAGAAGCUACACAAUAACACCAGUCCUGAUGAUGUAGUAAUUUGUCAGGCACUCAUAGAUUAUGUUAGUAGUGACUUUGAUGUCAAUGUUUACUGGGACACCUUGAACAAAAAUGGUGUAACAAAGGAACGCUUAUUAAGCUAUGACCGAGCCAUUCACUCAGAACCACAUUUUAGGAGUGACCAGAAGGAUGGCCUUUUGCGUGAUUUGGGAAACUACUUGAGGACUCUGAAGGCUGUUCACUCAGGUGCUGAUCUUGAGUCUGCAAUUGCAACUUGCAUGGGAUAUAAAGCAGAGGGUGAAGGGUUUAUGGUCGGGGUUCAGAUAAAUCCUAUAAGGGGCUUGCCAUCUGGAUAUCCUGAUCUGUUAAGAUUUAUUCUGGAACAUAUUGAAGACAAGAUGGUGGAGCCUCUGCUUGAGGGUCUGUUGGAGGCACGGGUUGAACUUCGACCUCUGUUGCUCAACUCCCAUGAGCGUCUGAAGGAUCUUAUUUUUUUGGAUAUUGCCCUUGAUUCUACAGUGAGGACCGCUAUUGAGCGGGGAUAUGAAGAGCUGAACAAUGCUAAACCAGAGAAAAUUAUAUAUUUCAUCAGUCUUGCUCUUGAAAAUCUUGCUCUAUCGACUGAUGAUAAUGAAGAUCUAUUAUACUGCAUUAAGGGAUGGAAUCAUGCCUUGGAGAUGUGCAGCCAACGAGAUAACCAGUGGGCAUUAUAUGCAAAAUCAUUUCUUGAUAGAACUCGUUUAGCCUUAUCAAGCAAUGCAGAACUAUACCACCAAGUGCUGCAACCUUCAGCUGAAUACCUUGGAAUGUUGCUUGGAGUUGAUCAAUGGGCAGUGAAUAUAUUUACUGAAGAAAUUAUUCGUGGUGGCUCAGCUGCAUCUUUAUCAGCACUCCUUAAUCGACUUGACCCUGUUUUGCGUAAGGAGGCAAAUCUAGGAAGUUGGCAGGUUAUAAGUCCUGUCGAAGUUGCUGGAUAUGUCGUUGUUGUAGAUGAGUUGCUUACUGUUCAGAAUAAAUCUUAUGAGCGACCAACCAUUUUAGUGGCUAAAAGUGUCAAAGGAGAGGAGGAAAUACCUGACGGAGCAGUUGCUGUUCUGACACCCGAUAUGCCAGAUGUUCUAUCCCAUGUAUCUGUGAGAGCAAGAAAUAGCAAGGUAUGCUUUGCCACAUGCUUUGACCCAAACAUUAUGUCAGAGCUCCAAGGAAAUGAAGGAAAGCUAUUUCUCUUAAGACCCACUUCUGCAGAUAUUGUAUAUAGUGAGAUAAAAGAGAGUGACCUUUCCAAUGCAAGUUCAGCAAAUUUGGAUGAUGUUCAACCUUCACCUUCCCUGACUCUAGCUAGGAAGCAAUUCAGUGGCAAAUAUGCCAUAUCAUCAGAGGAAUUCACAAACAAAAUGGUUGGGGCCAAGUCACGUAAUAUCUCCUAUCUGAAAGGAAAAGUACCUUCCUGGGUUGGAAUCCCGACAUCAGUAGCACUGCCAUUUGGUGUUUUUGAGAAGGUUUUAUCAGAUAAGACAAAUCAGGCAGUAGCUGGAGAGCUUGAGAUGCUAAAGAAAAAGUUAGGAGGAGGAGAGUUUAAUGCCUUAGGUGAAAUUCGGAGAACUGUUUUACAGCUAGCUGCUCCAAUUCAAUUGGUGCAAGAGCUACAGGAGAAAAUGAGGGGUGCUGGAAUUCCUUGGCCUGGUGAUGAAGGUGAGCAACGUUGGGAACAAGCAUGGAUGGCAAUAAAAAAGGUAUGGGCUUCCAAGUGGAACGAAAGAGCAUACUUCAGUACUCGGAAAGUGAAGCUUGAUCAUGACAAUCUCUGCAUGGCUGUCCUUGUUCAAGAAAUCAUAAGUGCUGACUAUGCCUUCGUCAUCCACACUACCAACCCAUCAACUGGGGACUCAUCGCAGAUUUAUGCUGAGGUGGUGAAAGGACUUGGCGAAACUCUAGUUGGCGCAUAUCCAGGGCGAGCACUAAGUUUUAUUUGUCAGAAAAAUGAUCUCAACUCUCCAAAGUUACUGGGCUACCCAAGCAAACCAAUUGGCCUCUUCAUUAGACGGUCAAUCAUCUUCAGAUCUGAUUCCAAUGGUGAAGAUUUGGAAGGUUAUGCUGGUGCUGGACUCUAUGACAGUGUGCCCAUGGAUGAGGAAGAGAAAGUGGUUCUUGAUUACACAAAUGACCCUCUAAUAAUAGAUCCAAAUUUCCGCAACUCCAUUCUCUGCAGUAUCGCAAAAGUUGGAAAUGAAAUCGAGCAGCUUUAUUGCUCUCCCCAAGAUAUUGAAGGGGUGAUCAAGGCUGGAAAGAUUUUUGUUGUCCAAACUAGACCACAGAUGUAGUUCAUUGUUGCUCUCAGAUUUGCUGCAUAUGCAGCAGUAAAGUCUAAAUAAAUAGCUGAAUAAGUAGACUCCUUUUAGACCUAAUUCAACAUGUGAUACUACAAUAAUUUUCCCCUGAUAAUAUAGAAGCAAGAUUCAGAGAGAAGGCGGCAGAUGUAUUCUUAAUGCCGUGAAUUAUACGGUUGUUAUCCUGUCCACUAUGAUGAGGAUGUAUUGAAAACAUUAAUGAUAAUAAGAUGUGGAGAUUUCCAUUA